CGCCCCCUCUCCUUCGUCAUCGCUCCUCCCCCUCCCUCUCCCUCUCUCUGUUAUCAGAUGAGUCAGUGUGUGUUUGUGUGUGUGUUCAGUCAGUCAGUAGCAUGGCGUCUCUCAGGCUCCUGCUGCUCAGCACCGCGCUGAUCCACACCGCCCAGUCUCUCCCUGCAGCUCGCGGUGGAGGGCGUGGCCUGGACGUCUCCGUGAGCGCGCUCAGACGCCAGCGCAGAGACCUCCGUAACCUGUCACCCUAUGAGGACCAGAUGUUGACAUAUCCCGCCACUCAGAGAGGAGGUGGGGCCAGCAACCUGUACUACCAAUCAGAUGACUGGAGGGGGCGGGGCAUGGACCAGGCUCUGCAGCGAUUGGUGGAGAGGGACCAGAGGCGGGAGCAAGACGAGGAGAAGCGAGCAGCCUACAUGGCGGCACUGCUCCGCCUCCUGAGCGAGGCAGAGAGCGCGGGAUUGGUCGGCCCGGGCGACGUGGCGGUGGUGGAGGAAGAGGAGGAUGAGGAGGACGAUCGGGGGCCACAGGGGGACUUCCAGGGCCCGGCCCCGGCAGACUACGAUGAGACGGGGAGGGGGCUGAACAUGGGGAGGCCCCCGGCUGCCUGGUGGGGCCUCGUUGAGCCCCAGCUGGCUCAGGCUCUGCUGGACAGGAUGGAGCCUCAGCUGGCUCAGACUCUGCUGGAGAGAGCCAGACAGGAGAGACUUCAGCAGGCAGGACGACUUUCAUCAGGACCCAACAGAGGAGGAGACCAGGACACUCUGAGACGUCUGGUUGCUAGGUUACUGUCCAGCAUGGACCCUAGCGACGCCGCGGCGAUGUCAUCCGGCCGCCGCGCGAGGAGGGACCUGUCCGUCGCGUCACCUGAACCCGUUGGCUCCGCCUCCCGGAGGACCCGUCGUUCCCUUGACGACGUGGCUCCUCCGUCGCCCAGCAACGCCCCGCCUCUGCUCCGAGUGAAGCGGCUGGAGGAGGAGGAGCAGGAGGAGGAGGAGGAGCUCCGCUCCCCCGCCGGGCUGCAGAGGAUGAAACGCAUCGACACCAUGGCAACCGCCGGCGUGGAAGAACUGAAUCAUGGGAGUCGUAGGCGCAGGAGAGCCGCCCUGAACUACGACCCCCAAAUACUGAUUGAUCAGAUUCUGGAGUACAUGAGGGAGUAAGAGGGGGGAGCAGAGGGGAUGAGGAGGAGAGAGGGG